AUGGCUUGCAUGAAUAUUCUAAUUCGAAAUUUGGAAGGGGUGGUGAUGGACGGAUGGGAUUUGCAGAAAGAUUCUGAACCGUGGGACUCAUAUGCUUAUUCUGGUUCAAGAAGCGGUAUGAAUGCAAGGAGAGGAUUAGAUCCUGUUUCAUCUGACAAUAGGAUGCCAAGAAAUGAACGGAGUAAUGAUCAAGCGGUCCCCGGAGAGGUUGGGACAAAGGGCAGGGACCCUUCAGGUUUAGUGAGGGUCCGUCUGCCCGAAGUGCAUGGCGGGCCUCAAGAUGAAGCAACACUGGAAACUAUUAGAGUGGCUGGUGAAGAUAAUGGAAAUUCAAGGGCUGCUGCAAGAGUUGCUAUUCCUGAACUGGAUGGAGAAGCUUUGAAUGAUGACAACCAAGGGGAUGAAAGAGGCCCACUUUGGGAGGCCUGGACUCGCGCAAUGAAUGCUGUUCAUGUUGAUGAUAUGGACUCUGCUUUUGCUGAGGUUCUUUCAACUGGCGAUGCUGAAUUACUUGUAAAGUUGAUGGAGCAAACUGGACCAGUUGUUGAUUAA